AUGUCUGAAAACUCAACCUGUGAAAUGUAUCAAGACAUCGAUGACCCGAUUAUGUGUUCCAUUGGAGUUGGGAUAUUCCAAUUUUCAGAAUGCGGUUUCAUUGAUAACUAUACAGUGGCAAUAUAUGGUGCAGAACUCAGUGAAUUCAUUCAAGAGUAUCCAUCGAUUCUCGGAAUAUGUCAAUCCGCCGACGGGCUAUCGCAAGUGAUUCCUGCUGUAACCUUACCAGUGCUGACCUUCUUGCUGAUUAAACAGCUGGAUAUAACCGAGAAAAAUCGCAGCAAUUUUUUGAAGUCGCAGAAAAAUAAUGAAAACUCUAAAACUGACACAACGAAAAUGAUAAUGAUGAUGACAAUUGCCUCGACAUUAGCUGAAGGACCAAUUGGUGUUCUACCGAUUGUUGAAAUUUUCGCAUGUCCAUUUCUUAUGGUGAUCUCAGCAAAUCUAAUGGUAAUAUUCGGGGCAGUUGUAGCUCUUAAUACAUCAACACAUUGCUUCGUAUGCUGUGCAAUCUCUUCUCAGUAUCGAAAGACAGUGACGCAAGUGUUUUUAUGGGAAAACCAUUCAAGAACACAAAUCACAACUCAGAGCAAGACGGCUGGCUCACAGUCAUGGUCGACUCAAGUGUGCACUGCAGCCACGUCUUCCGAUGUGUGCCUUCUAAUUAUUUUGUAG